UGCUAAGGGCUUAUAGUUUUUCUUUGCGCCGUUCUCUUCCAUUUGUCUCUGGUCAGCAUCACAGCCAAAGGAAAGCUAUGGUUAAGCAUAACAAUGUUAUACCGAAUGGCCAUUUCAAGAAGCAUUGGCAGAACUAUGUGAAAACAUGGUUCAAUCAGCCUGCAAGAAAGGCUAGAAGAAGAAUCGCAAGGCAAAAGAAGGCUGUAAGGAUCUUCCCAAGGCCAACUUCUGGACCCCUACGUCCCAUUUUCCAUGGUCAGACUUUGAAGUACAACAUGAAGUUGAGAGCUGGCAAGGGUUUCACUCUUGAAGAGCUUAAAGCUGAUGGUAUUUCAAAGAAGCUUGCGCCUACCAUUGGUAUUGCAGUCGAUCACCGUCGCAAGAACCGAUCUCUCGAAGGUCUUCAAGCCAAUUUUCAGAGGCUUAAGACGUACAAGGCCAAGCUUGUUGUCUUCCCAAGACGUACUCACAAGUUUAAGGCUGGUGAUUCUACUGCCGAGGAGCUUGCAACUGCAACCCAAGUCAAAGGAUGAUACCUGCCAAUUUCUCGUGAGAAGCCUUCUGUUGAGCUGGUGAAGGUUACCGAGGAGAUGAAGUCAUUCAAGGCCUACAACAAGCUUCGUGUUGAACGGAUGAAUGAGCGCCAUAUUGGUGCCAGAUUGAAGAAGGCAGCUGAGGCUGAGAAAGAAGACAAAAAGUAAGGUUGAGCUAUUUG